CCUAACCUAAAUUUAUACUUGAAUAGAAAACGCAGCCGCCAACUCUGUCCAUCAAUACCAAAUUGAUAAAAUCCAAUUUGUGUUUCAUUUUUCUCCUUACCCUCGUUCUCUCUCGAUCUUGCACCAGCUCACAAAUUUAUCUUGGGUCUACGACUACACCCACACACCCUCUCUCAAUCGCGAUCUUCUUUUUUUAAGUUCCAUUCGAAUUCGAUUAGGGGUGCCAAGAAGACACCAAUUGCUGUUCUAUUUUGAUUUUCUAUUCUUUUUUGCUGCUGCUCUAAAAUAAACUCAGAUAGCAAGCAUUAUUAAUGAUAUGAAUUCCAUCGAGGUAGAAGGUGGGAAUAACAUGGAAGUGCCAACUAAAGAAAUGGAGGAUGUUGUGGUUGAGUUAACUAGUGAUGUGGGAGCUAAGAAGACAACGGCUAACCGUAAAAGAAAACUCAAGUCGCCAGUGUGGGCAUUCUUUGAAAUGCUUCCUAUUGGUGAUGAUAAGAAGAGGAGAUGUAAGUGUAAGAAAUGUGGAGUUGUUUAUCUUGCUGAAAGUAAAUAUGGAACUGGCAAUUUGAAGCGACAUAUGGACACAUGUGUGAGAAGAGACACACGCGAUAUAGGAGUGUAUACAACCUAUGUCACUUUGAUGAAAGAAGUUAAUAGUAAUGAUCAAUACAUGAAGAAAGUGGCUAGUCAAAUGUUCACCAAAUUUGAAAAAUAUUGGUCCACUUUUUGUGACAUUUUAGCCAUUGCAGUUACUUUGGAUCCUAGAUACAAGUUCCACUUCGUGGAAUGGUGCUAUGAGAGAGUUUAUAGCGAAAAAGGGAUUUCUGAAGCUAUGCAUGUGAAAGAAAAGUUGUUCUUACUUUUUAAUUCAUAUGUUAAUGCUUCUGCAUGUCCAACAUCAUUGGAAAGAAAUUGCCAGCAAAGCCAAGGGUCUCAAAAUGUGUUACAUGCACCUGAAGGCUCCUUCUCUCUAGAAAGUUUGGAUGAUUUAAUGGGAUUUGACUCAUUUCAUAGCAUAGAUGCACCAAAAAAAUCACAACUUGAAUUGUACUUGGAUGAACCAAGGGUGGAUAGGAAAACUAAAUUAGAUGUGCUGAUGUUUUGGAAAGCAAAUCAAUUUAGAUAUCCUGAAGUUGCUGCAAUGGCUCGUGAUAUUUUAUGCAUUCCUGUUUCCACAGUUGCAUGAGAAAGUGCUUUUAGUGUCGGUGGAAAGGUGCUUGAUCAAUAUCGAAGUGCUCUUAGAUCUGAUUUAGUGGAGGCAUUAGUUUGCACUCGAGAUUGGCUUUAUGGUGAACAAGAAAAUGCAAAAUUAGCUUUAGAGGAGCUUACCCAAGAUGUUAUGGAGCUUAAAACUGAAGAUAAAGAAACAACUCCUUCAGCUUGUUCUAACUCUAUUGAUAUAGUGUAAUAAGUUUGUAAUAUUUAAAUUUAGAAAUUGUGUUGGAUUGAUUUUUGUUUUUUUGUUUUUAUUUUAGUUGGUUUGUAUGUAUUAUUUUAAUAUUGUAUUUGCAUAUUUUUUCUUCUUUUAUUUUAUUCUUUUAUUAGUAAAUUUUCUUCAUUAAAACUUUUA